AUGCGUCUCAAGCAGGAGCUCUUCCACCGGCACAAGGAGGCCCAGCAGAGCUGCCGGCCGCACAACCUGCCGCUCCUGCGCGCCGCCCAGCAGCGCGAGAUGGAGGCUGUGGAGCAACGAAUUCGGGAGGAGCAGCGAAUGAUGGAUGAGAAGAUAGUCUUGGAAUUGGACCAAAAAGUCAUAGACCAACAGAGCACCCUGGAAAAGGCAGGGGUGUCCGGGUUCUACAUCACCACAAACCCUCAGGAGCUGACUUUACAGAUGAACUUACUGGAGCUGAUUCGGAAGUUACAGCAGAAAGAAGCCCAGGCAGAGAAGGCUUAUUCCUGAACAAGCAAAUCUGCUGUUUUCUUUCUAGAGUUUUCUUCUGCCUUGCCUCUAAAAAACCGACUAUUUGAUGCAUUUGCUCUGUGAUACGUAAGGAAAAGGCUACUAGCCAACAAGUGUAGGAUUAGCUGRGGCCUGUAGAUACCUUUAGCAAGUGGGGGAAGUGGAGCUGUGGAGCAGAGGGGGGUGUCAGAGGCAUCUUUUCCAGGCCUCGGAGCAAGAUGCUUAUUGCAAGUCCUGCUGCUGAAGAGUUCCUGCUUACCUUCGUGCAGACAGUUAAUCAGAAUUAGUAAUUCAUGGCCCUUCCUAAGCUGGUUCUUCAGGGAACAGCGUGGUCUCUUCCAGCCCCAGAGCACAGACUGGGGCAAUGUGCCCUGCAGGUGGGAGCUCCUUCACUUGGAGCUCAUCUCUGAGGCAAGAAGAUGACACAAGACAUUAAUUUGCUGCAUGUAGCCUGUGAUUCAGCAGGGGUUUAAGAAGCCAGGGGAGACAAGGCCAGACACCGAGUCAGGACACUCAGGCCAGUGCURUUCUGAUGGCCUGUGUGCAUAAGCGCAUCAAGCUGAAUUUGUGAACGCUGCUGUCUGCUACAAACUGCACCCUCCUCAUCUGAUUCAAGAAGUGAGCAUCUCUGAUAAGGACUGGAAGAGAAWAACAGCCCUAUCAGACAGGAAGUGAAGCGGAUUUGCCUUCCGAGGCAAGCUGAGCAGGGCAGUUUGACAAAUCUUCAAGUUUUAUCUCCAAGAAGAUGCUCGUGUAUGUGCUACGGCAGYGCUUGCCUCUUCCAACGGGCAGACCCUUCCCAGAGAGACCUCUCGGCAGGUAACAGCAUGGGCUUCUCCUCCGAGCCUUACUGGAGAAAUUCAGGCCUCUGUCCCACUUUUGCGACUAUGACAGUCAGGUUAUUUUUACCCGACCAGAGUAGCAGAGAA